GAGUCGCGGAUGAAUUCGUUGCCAUUCCAUCGGAUCGCGGUGUGGGAAGCAUAGUUCACGCUAGGUGGUCCCGGUGGUGCGGUCGGCCGAUCGGGUGCGUGGAAAUCGGAUCGCUCUAAACGUCAACUAAUCAGAAAAUUACCACCUGGCACGAUGUGGCUCGGAUCGCUCACGUUUUUGGCCGUCGUCGUUUCGCUCGUCUCGGCGAAAACUGUGACGGUUGAUCUGUCAUUCCGAGGAUUAAAGAAAGAAGAUUUCUUCGUAAAAAUGCAAUCCCAGUUUAAUCUGCAGGAAGUAACAGACCUGAUUUUGACGGGAAACGAGUUUGACAGUUUUCUAGAUUGUUCCACUAAUUUGGAAAUGCUGAGAACGCUAGACUUGUCUCAAAAUCAUCUCCAGCGAUUUUUCUUCCUCUGCAAAGAGGAAUAUAAUUUGCAAAUAUUGAAUGUGAGUCACAAUAAACUCGAAUACAUCGACGACAAUGCUUUCAACGAUCGAAUACCGAAACUGAAAAUAUUGGAUCUUUCUUUCAACAAACUCACCGUCGUCAAUGAAACCAUGUUGCAACAUUUUACGAUUUUAGAGUACCUAUCUUUGUCUCACAACCCCAUAGCAGAUGGGAUACAUGAGAGUGCGUUUUGGAAUCUGAAAGCGCUAAAACAUCUCGAUCUGAAGGACAUAUCCGCGCCGUAUUUCUUGCCCACUUUCUUCAAGACAUUAACCAACUUAUCAACUCUGGAUAUAUCCUGGAACCCAAUCAGCGCGAUACCUCUGUUACCGAUAAGCUUGCAAGAGUUGGACUUAUCUGGUACGCAAGUGACAAACUUCGGAAAUUUGUAUCUACCGCAGUUACGAGAACUGAGGUUGAACUACAUGCCGAAUUUGACAUCGGUGGCCCUGAACGAUCUCGAGAACCUGACCAGUCUGGAGACAUUAUCGAUGAUCGGUUGCAAACGAUUGACCCAGCUCAGUCUCUGGCCGCAGAUUGGCGUCGUGCUACCACGAUUACAGCGCUUCUCGAUAAAAGGUUGCGGCCUUGAGACUCUGGGUGUCGAUCUGCGUGCAUUGAUGCAACAAACGGCCGUCGUCGAAUUGGAGAACAAUCCCUGGAAAUGCGACUGCAAGUUGGAAUGGGUCAGUUUGUUAAAUUCGACUAAGAAUCUCGGCCAAGAUAUCAGAUGCCGCACACCGGAUCAACAUCACGGCAAAUUUCUCGCUGAAAUACCGAGUUACGAAUUGCAAUGCGAUUACGACUCGUCGGUGCUUUAUCCGAUCCUGUGGACCUGCUUCUCGAUAUUGUUUAUCGCUCUGAUCAUCAGCACGAUUUUAUUGUUCCUGAAACGACCGAUAGGCCAAUGGAACUUUAAGGGUAGAAACAGGGACACUGUCACGUACAAGAACGUCGUGGAAUCGAACAACGAUCUGGUCCGGAUACUGGCGGUAUCCGAGACGCAGGAUCGCAACGAAGAAUAAAGCCAAAUUGAGAUAGGAAAAAGAAAGAGCACGCGACAAGCGCAGAAAAUCGUCAGGCCAACAAUAGACAUCUCAUCAAGCCUUUUUAAGGAGUUUUCGUAAUAACAGUUAUCUUGUAAUGGUAUAAUACAGGAUAGUUGACAAUUGCACGCGGAAUAUGUCACACACACGCACAUACAUAUCACCAUGAAAGAUUUUAUUAUUUCAUAAUUCAUAUAGCGGAAUACAUUAAUUCGCAGGAUGUAAAUAAGAACGUAUUAUAUAUCGCUAUAUGAAGCGCUCUAGAUAUGCCAUAGUUUCUUUGUAAUGUUAAAACCUUUUCAAUAAUAAAAUGAUAUUACAUAACAA